AUUGAAUUUAGAUUUCUCAAUGAGGCUCUUGUCACGACAUUUGCAUCACUUGGAAAGUAGGUUCCGUAGGUUCCAGUUGGAAACAAAAUUUUAAAGGUUCCCUAUCUAUUUUUAUCUCAGCUAUGCUUUCUCACAGGGCUGCCUCCGGGCUUCUUGCCAUUUCUAAGCGUCUACCACGAGCACUGCCAGGUCGUGGAAUCGCCACCACUUUGUUCUCGUCGAAAAAAUUCAACUAUCCUCUGACAGUAGACGACGUGCCUAGAGCUGCAGGAUUUCCUACAAUGCUCCGGCUUCCUAUGCAGUCUACAGCUGAUGGUUUGGAUGCAUGUUUCCUCGGAAUUCCAAUGGACAACGGUACUUUUGCUCAUCGAACUGGAGCGCGGUAUGAUUGACAAAAUAAUUUUUUGUUUACGUAUGUCCGAUUCCAUCUAACAAGACACAACGUUGUUGUGACAUUUCGUUUAAGGAAAACUUACGGGCUUUCCUUGUAAGUAAAUUAGGAAAGAAUAUUGAACAUAGACUGUUAGUGUUUAUAGAAUGUAAGCAAGCUGACAUCUUUAUGCCGCAUUUUCCCUCAAAAUUCAAUGAUUUUUCGAGCAUGAUUCGUAUGAAGUGGAUCAUUGUGUUCUUCGUCGCCUUUUGCGUGACAUUUGAUAUGAACCUUUUUUCGGGACAAGUGAAAUGAUUUUUGGUGGUGUGACGAGAUAAGUUCCCUUAGGAAACAAAAAGUGAACGAGAUUAGCCGUAAAUUGGGAGUGUUUUCUCUGUUUUACAAAUAGAUUCCAAAUUCAACAAUGUUUCCUCCACCCAUGAUGUUAUCAAUAAACUUUUUUCAAACCUUAGCCCCAAGCCCCUUCUCCUUACCUCCAUUCCCCUGCCAGAAUCACUAGCAUCUACUGGCCCAGACCAAAGAAAAUCUGGACUGGGAAUGUAAACUUUAUCACAGUAUCAUUUUCUUCUUUUUCAAGCAUGGCUCCAAGACAGAUCCGCUGCGAAUCUUGUUUAGUACGUCCUCAUAACACUCACACGGGUGCUGCACCUUACGAAUCGCUGAUGGUGGCCGAUGUUGGCGACGUAUCGGUCAAUGUUUUCAACAUAGAAGCCAAUAUUGGUAUCAUACACCAACACGUGGCCAGCAUUAUCAAUAAUGGAUGUAAACCUUUGAUUAUGGGCGGAGAUCAUACUAUCACAUAUCCAAUUCUAAAAGCCAUGAAGGUUUGCCAAAUUUUUAUAAGGUGGUAUUUCAAAAGUGGUGGUAUGGCGGAGGUCCUUUGUGUUAUUUCAUUUUCUUCAAUUUUUUGCAUUCUUUACAGGAGAAAUACGGCCCUGUAGGACUUGUUCAUCUUGAUGCUCACCCAGAUACAUCUAAAACUACCUUUGGAGAAAAAAUUUCAAACGCCACGCCAUUCCGCUUGGCAACUGAAGAAGGACUACUGGACUGUGAACGAGUUGUCGUAAUUGGUCUACGAGGGUCUGGGAACAGUCCGAUUGACUACGAAUAUGGUAGAAACCUGGUAAGGACUUAAUUAAUCCCUUCUCCUUCUGUGAUUGGUUGCAAAGGCCCAUGAACUGAUCCAACCAAUCAGAUCUGAGCAAAAGUCUCAUCGUCUUGCGAUUGAAGCAGGUCAGCUGUAAUUGCUUUGAGUUUUCAUCGCGCAAUAAACUUUUAAAGUAUUAUCUUAUCAGAUACUCGUACCCUUCAAAAAAGUAUUACGACAAAGUUUAGGAAAAAAUUUAUCCAUUGUGGGUCUCGAUCAGCUCUCAAAGCCCCAACUUGGCCACCACUUGUUAGAUUGAAAAGAAGGCGUUAUAACUUUUCAGGUCUUGAGAGGGGGAAGUUAUUGUAAAAUUAGUACAGCAUCCAAAGCGAGCUCUUUCUAUGGAAAACUAAAAAAGGUACAACAACAGCCAAUGAGACGGAAGAAGUAUAUUACAAGUACACGCACCUUACGCAAAACCAAGCACACUACCUGAAGCGCGGGAUAUCGUGAAUGACUGAGGCGUGAUUGGUUUUUAAGGUCAUUUCCAACUGAGAACCGAAAGUAAUUCGGGAUUGCAUUGGUUUUGCAAUACGGUUUUCUCUGUGAUUGGUCCAGAAAACUCGCGCCACUCUCUCAGAUGAACCAAUCAGGUGCAAAAUGAACGCAAACACGACUUUGGUGCCCGCGUUUUCCCGCGCUUUCGGCGGUCUGUUUGUUUUUACUUUAAGUUCUCAUUGACUCUUCAGAUCGGUUAUUUCCUUUCUUCUGAUUGGCUGUUGCAGUUACUUCACUUUUGGGUUUACGGCACUCAAUCAAAAAGCGCUCAAAUUUUGCAUCUAUUUGAUUGAGAGGGUGAUGGUUUUCUCGGAGUAAAUUAACUCUUUAACUCCUAAGAUUUCAUUAAUAAUUCUCCUUACUGUCUGCCAAACAGUCCUUGUGAUGUUAGUUUGGAGAAUUUGGUAUUGGAUCAACUUAUAAUCCCCUAAUUGAUAUCUUUCUUUAUUCUCAUCACUUGUCUACUUGAUAUUGUACUGAUAUUGUAAGGAGAAAUUCUGUCUUGGUCACUCAUGGAAGUCAGAGGGUUAAGGCAAAAGUAAAGUUAUCCUAGCUUGCUUUCGACAAUGAAUUGAACAUUAUUUUAUCCAUCCUUUUAACUACCUUUUCCCAUUCUCGUAGGGUUUCAAGAUAGUUCCCGCUAAGUACUGCUGGUACAAAUCCAUGGCGCCUUUGAUGGCGCAGGUUAGAGAACUUAUGGGAGAUGCACCUGUUUACAUCACAUUUGAUAUCGACGCAGUAGAUCCUGGUUAUGCACCUGGAACAGGUCUCUAUUUCUUUACCUUCAGAUAGAUCGUUAUCAUCAUGAAAUAGUUUUAAAAGGAGAAUUCAAGGUGAAAACAAGCAAACCGCCAAAAGCGCAGGAAAACCCGGGCGACCAAGUCGAGAUUGGUGUAAGCUUUGCACCUGAUUGGUUGAGAGAGUGAUGAGAGUUCUUUGGACCGAUCACGGGGCAAAUCCCAGAUUAUUUUCGAAACUCAAUUGAAAUUUUUCUAUGUAUACGGCAAAGUGGACGUUUUGUUUUCUGUAAAUGGGCGUGAUGUUCGAUUGAAAACAUUAUCUGGCCGGGUGUACAACGGGGAGUUGGGUCGAAAAGUCUCCUAGGCGGAACGACGCAGUCGAGGGUAUCCUACAUCGCUACAACCAGAAGAAAAACGACUUUUGGUUGUCCAUGUUUAAAAUCAACUUGCGUUAAAGUCGCCAAGUUUCAACUUUUCACCUCACUACUCAUUUAACGUUUUGUUCAUCUGAGAAGCUGGUUAUAUGCCAUAUCAUAGCUCCAACCAGCUGUUAAUUCAGCAGUAAAACAACAUUCCUGCCUCGCUUGAAUGGAACCAAUAACCAGUAAUAAUGACUUUAAUUUGAUUCCUUUCAGGAACACACGAAAUUGGAGGUUUGACGUCAAUUCAAGCCUUGGAGAUAAUCAGGGGCUGCAGAGGAAUGAACAUCAUUGGUGGAGACUUAGUAGAGGUUUGUGUUAACCCUUCACACCCCAACAUCAGUAUCCAAAUUCUCCACACUACUCUAUUAACAUUUCCUAACGUGCUGACAAGGAGAAUUUAUUAAACAAUCAAGGGCUUCUUUAGUUUUUGAUCAUUUCUUUUAUUCUCAUGUCCUAAAUGUUUGUUUCAGGGGUCAUAUUGUAAGGAGAAAUUAUAUGCUAGUCACUCUUAGGGUCAAAGGCUUGUUUGUCUGUGGCAUUCAGUCUUUUUCCACCCCUUCUAACAAGUUCCUCUCAUCAACGAGAGGGUCCAUGGGGUUCCUGUUUUUUAAGUCUGUCGAGCAACAGACCGGGAUCGCAGAACACCCAACAAAGACGGUGUAAGUUUGCAAUAUACAAUCCGACAUGUGAACAGAAAAAUGUCAGUUAUGUUUUUGUUUGUAAACAGCACGUUUUAACACGAGAUUUACCACAUAUCUGCAGGUUUCGCCUAUGUUUGAUCUACAAGGAGCAACCUCGAUCCUCGCCGCUAAUUUCCUAUUUGAGAUGCUGUGUGUUUUGCCAGGAGUAGUCUACAAAGAUCCCCCUGGAUCAGAUUUUGAGUUUUAAGCCUGAGAGGUUCAAUUUCAGCUUUGCUGUCAUGCUUGUCUCGACACGACGAGCGUGAAAAGAAUCUCACAACACUUUCGCAAUCUGCGCCUUAAAGGUGCAAAUUAUUUUCGUCCAAAACAAAGUAGUUUAAAGCUGGUUAAAUAUCAGUAAAAUAUUCGAAAAAUAAAUGGAAAUAAAUGCCGAAGUACUAUUAUUGUUGGAAAGAUUUAGCAUAUUCCUUUUAUUUAAAUAUAUCCGGCAGAUAACAUAAUCCAGCUUUCGAACAAACAGGCUGGAAAAGAAUGCAAUUUUAUCUAAUAUCAAUCAAAAGACAGAUGUAUGAAUGGUUUCUUCAGUUCUCUUGGAAAUUUAUUUGUCUCCUAUUUUUAUCUGAAACCCUGUAGGAGUUUGCAAAAUUUGCACGUGCAAACCACAAAUAAGUCCUAAGCUGCUAUUGGAUGGAUUGAAAUUUAACCACGCGUGAAUCCCUUUUACUCUAAUGGUCUAAAAAUCAAUUUUUUACACUGUCUGAGAAAAAUUUCUUAUAAUUUCGGCUCUGAGAAGUAAGUUUUAGAUCAAACAAUAUCUUUCUGUUAAGAUUUGUUUCCCCUCUUUUUACGCUUCUUCUAUAACUGGCAUUUAGGGGAAAAUUUCCUUGUGGUCAUUCCCGGGUAUGAGCGGCGUAAACAAUUAACUUCUGUUGAGUACGCAUCAGUGGAACUAAAAGAACUCGACAUGGCCCAGAAUUUGCCAUUUUCCAUCGCUAAUAUACUCCGCGCAGACUUUCCCGAUCCGUCACGUGUAAGCAAAUUACCUCCGAUUGUGCAAGAGCAACCACAGAAAGAAAACUGGGAAAGUGUAUUCGAAAGAAGAAGCCAGCCUCUUCGAGGUCGUCCCUUCCGCUGCGAUGAAGUAGGACCUUUGGAUGGGAAUGGAGCAUGCAGCACUCAUGUGGAUGCGCUGGAAAGCUGCAUAGAAUUUCUUCAACCCGACUUCGUUGGGAUCGAAGAAGAGCAACAAAGUCUUUUGAAUGUAGAGCUUAAAGGUAGCUAGCUAUCAAUGAUAUUUUGCAACGAAGUAUUUGUACGAUAAAAAUGCAUUUGUAAGAAUACAAUCAGUAAGUGCAUUAUAAAUUCAUUGCAUUCUGUGACUUCUUUCACUUUUUACUACACAAGCUAAAAAUAAAGACCGUUGUUAGAUGCCUCUGAUACCAGUAAAAGAACGCAAGUCGCUUCAAAUUCCAGAAUGGUUAACGAACUUUUACAUGUAACGAUGAGCAUUUUUAUAGCAACAUUUGAUUUUUUCUAAGGCAUUUCAAAAUUGCUUUUAGGACCAUCCGUUUUGAACCAUUAAAUAAAUGAUCACGACUAUUUCGACACAUCGUGUCCUUAUAUUUGCAAAGGAGAUAAACUCCGCCAUGAAGAAACUUUCGACGGAAAAGGGCAAAACUUGUAUAUACAUAUUAUUAUUAUUAUUAUUUUUUUUUUAAACACAUCGCCUCUCACGCGAGAAAGUAUUUCAGGAUAACAGAGUCUAUCAUUAAAAAAAAUUCAUUAACAUCUAGAGAAGAUCUACCAAUGUAGAUAGUGAUUCAUAAGUAGAAUAUUUAAGGGCUCUUUUUAAAACACGCUCUUCUUCCAAACUGCAGCAAGUUUUAGUUUGGCACUAGUCUGCUAUUCUGCGUAACAGGUGUUAACACGAGUGAGCAGAGUGAGCGAAAAUUUACGCUCGCGAGAGAGGCUGAGAAAAUUCCUACCAACGUGUCUUCUCCCUCUCGCGUGUGUUACGUGUAUCACACGCGAGAGGGAGAAAUCAAACUAGCCCCAGCCGCGCGGGCUAUUUUGAAAUUUCGUCUAACUACUUUCAUUUGUCAUCCUAGAAAACGGCACCAAGAAAAGAACGGUUCAAAUUUCUUCAAGAGACUGUAAGACACAAAAAUUGCCCAAAAGGAGACGCACACGCUUCUCACGAAUGCAAGUGAAGUAUUUAGAAGAUGCAUUUUCUUGUCAACAUUACCUAACCCGCGACGAACGACGGGUGCUGGCAAAUGCACUGGGGCUUAAGGAAGUACAGAUCAGAAACUGGUUUCAAAACCGGAGAUACCGGUUGAGGCAUCAAGAAGAAAACCAGACCAAACAGGUCUUAGUGAUUGUUGGACAGAGGCAACACUGUGCUGUACUUGGAAUGACUCACGUGAAGAAAGCUGACGAGUAGACAAGUUUUACUGAUACGAGAAAAAAAGGAUUUGAUACAAGUCGCAUUUCUGUGACUGAGACAUUAGUUUGUAACUUUUUCAAAAACCUGACUUAAAUGUUACAAUUUUAUUUCUGAGUCGUUGAAAUUUGUGAAAAAGUGCAAACAUUUUACGAGAGUGUAAGUUGGAUUCAUGAAUUAAAUCGUUUUUAAGCGACAUUUUUGUAUAAGUUAACCAUUUCCUAGAAAUUUAUUGUUUGAUGGUUACCAUUCCAAAUUUUAAGGGUCAGAGAGCUCAGGCAGAGCAAGGAAAGAGCUAUAAUUACUGGGAAUGACAGCACCAAACAGACAGGUAACAUUAUUUAGAAAACUUCUACGUCUGAUUUCGGACACCUCUUUGUUUAAUCCGAUUUAAAAGUUUAAGAAAAUUACUUUUGAACUUGGGCGACUCCAUCCGACUGCAAAUAUUCCGUUGGAUGUUCCUAUGAUUCUGGUCAGUUCCUGCUGAUUUGAUAUGUCCGGAAACAGGUGAGUCGGUCUAAUCAGAGAUAUCUUACACUCCGGAAGGUUCCGUCUCCUUCUCGUGUAACUUCGGAUGGUUACGUCAAAUUUCGGAUGAGUGGUGCGAUAUCGGAGGACUAUUUUUGAUUGAGAGGCUUUCGUCUAGUUUCUGACGGUUCUAUCCGAAACCGAAGGGCUCUAAAUAAAUGAUGACUCACUCCGACAUCGGAAGAUUCAGUCUGAUUUUUGACGGUUUCUUUCGAUAUCUGCUGAUUUUGGAUGGGGUUGCUUGUCUAAUCUUGUCUGACAGUUCCAUCUAAAUUGGGUGUGGUCAACAUAAGGGGGCUCCGUCUAAUUUUGGACGGUUUCGUCUGAUUUCGGACUGGUCGUCGUAUUUUCGAACUGUGCCGUUCCGAUAUCGGACGGCUUCGGACCGCUGUCGGAUGGUCCCGUCUGAUUUCGCCUCGCGGUUGAGGUACACUGCUCGACUGACAGUUUUUAUGCUGUUUGUGGCUGUUAAUCAACACCUUUCUAGGUCGAGGGGACAUAACUUAAAAUCCAUUUCCGAAUGCUUUGUUGUUUGUUCUUUUUCUGAUUAAUUUAUUUUUUAUAUGAUUAUUCUUUGGAGAUGAUAUCAGGGAGAUAACGGGUGAUUGUUGUCUUCAGAGAAAAUCACUUAGCCGUAAAAGCCGCUGCUCCUCCUCCUGCGGGCCUACUCGUUCCAAACGCGCGCGAGAAGCAAAGACCAUUUAUUAUGAAUCGCUCAAGCCGUGUUUUGCGUUUUUUGGUUUGUUCAAACGCACCGAGGCUUCAUUCCCGUAAUGUCACCGUUUGCAGUCGUCUAUCGAGAGAUUUCAUCUAUCCGAUGAGCCCGAACGAUAUGCCACGUGCCGGUGGAAUAGCUUCCAUGAUGCGACUUCCUGUACGAGAAACUGCCGAGGGACUGAAUGUUUGUUUUAUUGGGAUUCCCCUGGACUCUGGAACUUCAAACAGAUCCGGAACUCGGUGAGGAUUUUGUUGUCAUUUUGCGUAGGUUUGGUGGGUGCUAAAAGUCAGUGCAUAGGGAGAAGAUUUCAUACAAAUCCUUUCUUUUGUUGAAAUGCAAACAGUGAAAUACCUACACGCUAAAAGUGACUUCUUAUACUUGUUCCAAUGUCACGAGAUGGGGCUGUGCUGUGUUUGAAUUCACCGUUACUCGUCGAAGAAAGAUUUCCAUGCAACCCCAGAUUCUUCUAAAACAAAGCAUUUGGUUAUCAGAGAUAAUUAAUUUUCCAAUGAAUAAACGGGGUAAGUUUCUAAAGAAACGUUGGUGCUGCGUCGGCAGGGGAGUAUGACUUGAUAAUUUGGCCACCGUAAAGAGUUUCUAAGCUGACGUUUCGAGGGUUAGCCCUUCGUCUUAAGCUCUGACGCGGGGCUAACGCUCGAAAUAUCAGCUUUAGAAACUCUUUAAGGUGGCCAAUGAUCAACUCAGGUGAUAAAACCGAAUUAUUUUGUUACAUAAUCAAUUUUAACCCACUGUUUUCUUUCUUUAAAUAUCAGUAUGUGAAAUUGAAGAGUGAGGAAAUCUGCCAAAAUCUCUGCCCUUUCCGUUCGGCCUGCUGUGCCAAGAAGCAUUUAUUAUGCUUAAGCUUUCCUAUCAAAAAAAGAAAGAUUAACUAAAUGUCUGUAGUACAGCUGCCUGAUCUUUAGGGCCACAGAAUCUUCCACUGAUCUAUGAUCUUAGCGAAAGAGAGAAAUUUGUGGAUGAGGCUCUGCACUGCCAAGAUUUUUCUAUUCAUUUUCAUUGCAUUUUUAAAAGCAGAGAUUUUAAAAGCUGAUUUUUGGAGAAGGGUGACAAAAACUCCCAUUCAUCAACCAAAGGGUGGUUAUAAAACUGAAAAAUUCUAUUGCUACCUCAUAAAAUUUGGAGUGAUCAGUCUUAAAGUGGGAAAUUUUUUUUUCUUUAUAACAUGAAAUAUCCAUUCCACUUUCUUUAGCCUUGGCCCAAGACAAAUACGAGCAGAAUCAUGUUUGCUUCGCCCUUACAAUAAUGCCACAGGAGCAGCACCAUUUGAAUCUCUCAUGGUUGCCGAUCUUGGUGACAUUCCUAUUAAUACAUACAACCUUGCUGCAACCGUGGAAAUCAUCCAUAAACAUAUUGCAACAAUUGCUGGUUAUGGCUGUGUACCUCUAGUUUUGGGAGGUGAUCACACUAUUUCAUAUCCUAUUCUUAAGGGAAUCAAGGUUAGUAGAGAUGUGACUGAUCAUUAGUGGAUAAAGUUUGACAGAUUUAUUUGAUUGAGCACCUAACCUCAAAUGACCACCCACCUUGUAGGUAGGAAAAGUUUUAAACCUUUACACACGAACAUCAGUAUCCAAAUUCUACCUACUCUUCUCUACACAUUUCUUUUAGUCCUGACAAUGAGAAUUUGUUUAGCAAUCAAAGCUCCCUUGGUUGGCAAUCAUUUCCUUUAUUCUCAUGAUCUCGAUGAAUGAUUCAGCUGUAUUACUGUAAGGAGAAAUUAGAUGCUGGUCACUCUUAGAGUCUAAAAGCUUAAUAAGCACCCAACCUUGAAUAAAACUUAAUAAAAGUGACAAGUUAACUAUCACCCCUCUCAACACCCCCCCCCCUUCCCCAGAAAAACUGAAGUGUGCAAGAGGACUAUUGAUUAUUAUUUCUCCUCUGACUUAAAAUCUCUAAAUUCACUGUCAAUCAUACAUGUUCAUGUCUUGUUAUUUAAUUAUUUAAAACAUGAUAUGAGGUUGCAGAAUAUAUGUUAAACACCAUUAAUCCUUUAAGUCCCACUAGAUCUAGAAAUAAUUCUCCUAGACUAUCAGGACAAUAUCAAGCAGGCAAGUAAUGAGAAUAAAGAAAAACAUCAAGUAGGGGAUUAUUUGUUGAUCCAAUUCCAAAUUCUCCAAGCUAACAUCAUAUGAAUUGUAUGGGAGACAGUAAUAUAAUAAUAAUAAUUUAUAGACUUAUAUUGCACAAUUAUCAAUAUAAGAAUUUUCAAUUGCGCAUUACAAUUGUUAAAAAUUCAACCCCUACAUAGAUACUCAAAACUAAAAAUUAAAAAAUAAAAAAUAAAUAAUAAUAAUAAUAAUAAAUAAAUAAAUUAAAACAUGAUCACCAAGAAAAUGUAAAAAUAUGAAAUUAGAUACAAAUAAUUAAAAAGCUUUGGCAAAUAAAAAAGUAUUAAUGGCCUUCUUAAACUUGUUUAAAGAUUGGGUGUUUUUGAUAGAGCCCGGAAGAUCAUUCCACAAUUUAGGGGCAGCGGCAUGGAAAGAUCGAUUGCUGAACGUGGUGAGUGUUUUACCCCUGCAAGGAGCAAGGAGUAAGCUGUCAUUGGAACGGAAAUCAUAUCUUCGGAAAAAAGGGGGAAAGAAAUAUAGAGAAUUACUAAUGAGAUCUUGGGAGUUAAAGGGUUAAAAAUUUUAUUUGACAUUGAUAUUUUGAGCAUUAGCCCUUUUUAUUCAUUCAGGCAUAAAUCAGCUGUGUGAUUCCUUGAUACACCCCAUCCUUAGAAAAAUUUGUAGAUCCACCCCUGUAGCUACUCUCAAGGUCCAAAAAUUUAAUAAGUGCCCAGGGUGCUUAAGAUAAUAAAUGUGGUUUUUGUAAAUUACAUCACCAAUCAUUUCCCACAUGAUUUCUGUUUUUUUUUUUGUUAACAAAUAGGAAAAGCAUGGACCUGUUGGUCUUGUUCAUGUAGAUGCUCAUUCUGAUACAAAUGAUGUCAUGUUUGGGGAAAAAAUUACCCAUGGAACAACAUUCCGCAGAGCAGUCGAGGAAGGGCUGUUGGAUUGUGAUCGUGUAGUACAGAUUGGUUUACGAGGUUCUGGAUAUACUGGAAAGGAUUACGCUUGGGCAGAAGAUCAGGUAUAGGGUGGAAAAAAAUGCUAAUAACUAUAAACUGCAUAACGAAGGAAAAAAUUAUUUGGUUAAUUUCUCAAAAUAGUUGUAGCAAUAGGACAAGUAUGAAUCUUACUACUGACUUCAAAUUUGUUUAAAUUUUUCACAUUUUGCUUUUAAUUGAGGAAAACAUGGAAUAAGUAAUUCUGUAACAAAAGCAGUAACUGGGUAUCAAAAUCUUGAUUUUGAGAUGAAGUUCUUGCUACUUCCAAAUCAAUGAUAACUUUCUCUUUUGCCAAUUCGCACACAAUUUUAAGUGUUAGUCAUUGUUAUCAUCAUUUUCAUCAUAAUCAUCAUUAUCAACAUCUUGAUUGUAACCCUUAAACUCCCAAGAUCUGAUUGUUAAUUCUCCCUUUUAGCUGCUACACAUUUCCUUGCAAAUCAGGUAUGAGAAUUGAAUGUUAGAUCAAGAUAACAACUUCUACCUGAUAAGAUGGAGUUUUCUUAAUACCUGUUUGCAGGAUAAUGUAUGGAUAUUAUUGGGAGAAGUUGCAUGUUAAUCACUUCUGGAAGUUAAAGAAAUACAGAAUCAAUGUCAGUAUUUGAGCAACUGUGUACCUACCCCUCCCCAAAAACCCAAAAUUAACCCUGAUCUGUCAGCAGUUAACUGUUAUUAGGUUGGGAGAGGGGUAGGUGUGCAUUCACUCAUAUACUGACAUUGAUCCUGUAUUUCAAACAGGCAUUAGAAGAUCUGUUUCCACCUUGCUUCAUAUUAACCCUUUCACUCCCACAAGUGAUCAAGACAGAAUUUCUCCUUACAAUAUCAAUAUAAUAUCAAGCAGAUAGGUGAUGAGAAUUGAGAAGAAUAUCAAUUAUGGGAUUAUUAGUUGAUCCAAUACCAAAUUCUCUGAACUAACAUCAUAAGAAUAGUAUGGCAGAUAGUAAGGAGAAUUACUAAUUAGAUCUUGGGAGUGAAAGGAUUAAGCUUAACCCUUUACACCCUAACAUCAGUAUGUAUAUUCUCCAUACUGUUCUCUGUACAUUUUUAAAAGAGCUGACAAGGAGAAUUUGUUCAACAAUCAAGCUUCUUUAGUUGGUGAUCAUAUCCUUUCUUCUCAUGACCUUAACAAGUGAUUCAGAGGUGAUAAUCUAAGGAGAAAUUAGAUGUGAGUCACUCUUAGGAGUUAACGAGUAAAAGCUGGUUGAUCCUGCAGGGUUUUCGGUUGGUGUCUGCAAAGGAUUGUUGGCACAAGUCUUUGGAACCAUUGAUGGCUGAAGUUCGUCAGCAGAUGGGAAGUGGCCCAGUCUAUAUAUCUUUCGAUAUUGACAGUUUGGACCCAGCAUUUGCACCAGGAACUGGUAAGAAUUUUUACAAGUUUAAUGGCAAAAACUGCUUGGUUGUAUAAUGUGAGAAGAAAAUUAAUUUUUAACAUAAAAAAUGCAUGCUUUUUUACAGUACCAGAGCAUAAUAUUUCUCCCUUGAGUUAUAUUACAAACUUGCUGAUUCUAGAUUCAUAUCAGGCAGACUCCUGUCUUGAUAGAUGAAACACUUAUCUUACUCAAGAAAUGAGACACCCCACUUAAGAAAUGAUCUUUGUGAAAAAAAACUCUCAAUUUGAAUUUGAGCGGAUAGAAAAAGAAGGCUGAAAAUUAUUUUACAUUUAUGACAUUGGAACCUACUCCCUCAGCAAUACCAGUGUGAUGAUACUUAACCAGUUGAACAUGAAAGCCACUCAAGCCACCCAAACUUUUACUGUAUUUUACAAUUGUUAGGAACCCCAGAAAUUGGGGGCCUCACCUCUAUACAAGGCAUAGAGAUUGUAAGAGGGUGCCAUGGAUUGAACAUUGUUGGCGGAGACUUGGUUGAGGUAAGAAUCAUUUUUUUUCAUCUUGGCUACUAUGAAUGGCCUGCCUGAAAAAGAAUCACUCUAACCUUAAACUUUUACCCUUUAGCUCCCAUGAGUGAUCAAGACAUAAUUUCUCCUUACCAUAUCAAUACAGAAUCAACCAUAAAAAUGAUGAGAAUAUAGAGAAACAUCAAUUUUGGGAUACUUAGUUGAUCCAAUACUAAAUUCUCUGAACUAACAAUAUAACAAUUGUAUGACAGACAGUUAAGAGAAUUACUAAUAUGAUCUGGGAGUGAAAGGGUUAAAAGGAAACAGUCUCUAUGAUUAGCUGAGAUCACAGAAACCAGGUUAUCUGUAUUCAGAUAAAAACCAAAAAGCUUGAAGUAAAUUUUAGAAUUCUUUUUUAAAAAAAUUUAUAUUUUUUGGUAUUCUUCCUUUUAGGUCUCGCCACCCUAUGACACAACUGGGACAACAGCUCUAACAGCAGCCAACUUGUUGUUUGAAAUGUUAUCUGUUCUGCCUGGGGUAAUUUACAAGUCAUAAGAUGCACAAGUGUGUAAACUGUGAGCUUGUUUCUUGUAUUGUGUUGAAAUUUGUGGAAAGAUAGGAUAACCACAAAUAACUUGUAAAUACGUCCCAUUGACCAAGUUCAAGGUCUGUACUGUAAGUUAUGGACAAUGCUUUUCUCCCCUUGGAAUUCUGUCCCAAGUGCAAAAGUGAGAUACAGGCUACUCAAUUGAGUGCCUGUAUUAACUGAGACAUGUAUUAAUGUAAGUGCACCAUUCUAUUUUAUUAAACAUAAGACAUAAACUUUGGUAACAUUUAAAAAUGUGCUUGUUUAAUGUAUUCUCUGAAGUAACUUUCGACAGAAAUACAGGUAUUUUGGGGGCAUAGAAUGAAGCCAUGAAGCAGUCAAUGUUUACCCCUCCUUGUGUAUUGAUAAUGAUAAUGUCAGGAAUAACAAUGAUAACAAUAAUGAUGUUGAUGUUGGUAACAAGGUUGAUGCUAGUAAUUAUCGGGGUGAUGACAUUGAUCAUGAAAACUACAAUAACAGACAUGUAUUGAUGUAAGCUUAAUCCAUCAUUAGUUCUCUGAGCUCCUCUGUGCUCAAAACUGGGAUAAAAAUUCCACAUCACUUCUACACAAGUCAUUCACAGUACGAUAAUGAAAUCCUGUAGCCAUUUGCAAAUGUUGAUAAAUUUAUUUCAUGCCACAAAUACUCAACACACUGCUCAGGAAUUUUUUUUUUUUUUCAAACUGGGGGUUAACUUCCUGAGAACAGUAACACUGAUCGACAAUCAUGUUACAACUGCAUACAAUAACACCAACAAUGUUACAAUGUCCCUUCAUACUCAUAUGCAAAAUGUUACAACUGACAUUAAAUUUCUAGCUUAUGAGCAUGCCCUUGCUAUCAGUGCUGCAGCACAAGUACUUUGCCUGCAAGUAAGUUUAAGGUCUUGGGCAAAGUAAGUCUGUGAGAGGCCUGCAAGUGGUUUAGCAGUGAUCAUUAAUAAAGCCAGACCCCUUGCAAACCUCUCCUAGCUCACUUUGAUCAUAACUUCAAACUUAAUUGCAUUUGAACUUAUUAUUUUUUCAAAACAAAUUCUUAUGAAAAAGAUGUUUUACUCAUUAAGUGAAUUGCAACAAAGUUGUCCUGAACCAUUCUUCAGAGAUGAAAAUGUAACGUACAAAAUUGAAAUGUAUAAACCCAACUUCAACAUGUUCAAAGGGGGUAAGUUUCUUAAGAAACUGUGGUGCUGGGUUAUCAGGGGGUAUAACAAUUUAAAUUGGUUUAUCAACUGAGUUGGAAAUAAAAUUGGCCACUGUAUAGAAUUUCUCUUGUGAUGAAAAUGUAAGUACAUUACUGAAAUAUUUAAACCCAACUUUAACAUGUUCAAAAGGGGUAAGUUUAUUAAAAAACCCUGUGGUGCUGCAUUAUCAGGAGGUAUAACAAUUCAAAUUAGUUUUAUCAACCAAGUUGAUGAUGUAAAUUGGCCACCACAAAGAGUCUCUGAAACUGACUUUCAAGCAUCAGUGUUAGAAACUCUUUACAGUGGGCAAUUCACAUUAUCAACUCAGAUGACAAAACCAAAUUAAAUUUUAACAAGUUCAUCUGGGUUUUGACUAAAUUGAAUUUGAGACCAACAGGAAAAGAGAAGACAUAGUAAUACCAACUGAAGCAGG